GCGAGGUGGGAAAUAUUUUCAGUCAGUUGGUGCCACUCCGAAGCUGCAAGUGAUUUCCCUUUCAGUAAUCGAUUGCCAUGCGUUAUUUGCAGCUUCACAGCAAUUUGAUCACAACUACAAAGUGCCACCAACAACUAGCAGAAUCCUUGCUUCAAUCAUCGACCGAGUGCUUCGUCUCUCGGAGACCUGUGAGGCACAAUCAUUAACUGUCUUGUGUUUAGAGAAUUUGGUCCUUCGAGUUAAAAACGACACCACCAUCACCACCACCAACAACAACAACACAUCUCCAAAUUGAUGGCCUUGUCGUGAAGUUCGGUUAGCAGUGAAUGAAAAAGUGAACCAUUAUAUUAAUUGGAGGGGGAAACGAGACUCCAAUAUUCCAAGUGUUAGUGAAGUGACACUGCUAAUUGGAAGGAGUGACCACGAAUCACAACAUGACCAAGUCAGAGCAUGAUCCCCUGGCGGGCCUUGACGUGAAUGCAAAGGUCAGCAUGUUUAGGUCGAAUUACAUCGAGAGUCAUUGCCUUCGGUGCAAAAAGACGGUGUAUCCAACCGACAAGAUUGGCCCCUUAAAGGACUACACGUUCUUUCAUAGUGGUUGCUUCCGCUGUAUAGAAUGUCAGAGCAAGCUCACCUUGAAAACGUACUACAACAAUCAGCACUCUUCCGAGGACAAAGAGGUCUAUUGCCAUACCCAUGUUCCCAAAAUUGGACCCGGCAAAUUCGACGGCGAGUCCAUGGGAAUCAAGUCAGCCAUGAAUGCCCCCAAAUCGGGCCCCUACGUGAAUGAGCAGAUCCGUCCCGGGGGCAAGGCCACUUUCGACGCCGAUGCCCUGGCCAUCCGCUCUCAUAUCAAAGAAACAAAACCACCUCAGCCCAACGGCUCUGAAGUGGACCAUGCGCCCACCAAUCGCAACUGGGGGCGUUUCGAUUCCACCGCCUUACACAUCCAACAUGCUCUCAAAGCCACCGAAGUCCAAAGGAAGUAUUCGAAGCCGGCCGAAAAACCGAUUGAAUCCUACUUGGAUCGAGAAGAACAAGUUCGCUUGGAGGAGCUUCACCGACAAGAAGAGGACCUGUUGUACCGCCAGUUCCAGGAAAAGCGGGACAAAGAACACACCAAAGCCGUUUCCGGACUCCAGGAGGAAUGGGAAGUGGAACUUGAGAAGCUCACCGCCAAAUUCGAGCGAGAAAUGGGCAAGAGAAAGUCCAAAGAGGACUUCAAGGUGCUCACUCUUCGCCAUAACAAGGAGAAGGAGGAGAUCGAAAAGAAUAUGACCAUCAAGCGGGAAAAGAAGAAAGAACAUGUCACACGGCGGCUUUUGGAACAGGAGCGAGCGGCCACGGCCGCACUCGUGGAGAAGCAUUCCAAAGAAAUGAUGAAUCUGAUUGUACAGAAACGGGCCGAAUUCGUGGACAAUGAGGAGGAAAUGGAAGAGACGUCCCAAUAUCCGGCCCAGCCCCCGCCUCCCAAUCCGCCCAGCUUCGCCAAACAAGAGAUCUACCAUGACCCGACCGUUUUCGCCGAGGUGGAUCAGCGUGCAAUCAACGUGGCUCAAGAGGAUCAAAAAACUUUCACCGACUUGGUUCGGCAGCUCGUGGCCGGAUGCGGGACGGAUGUCGAGAAAGCUCGCGCAAUCUUCCGUUGGAUCACGGUCAAAAACCUCAACUCGAUCAUGUUUGAAGAGACCGAGCGCGGAGACACCCCUAUGGGCCUUUUAAGGGGGAUCAAAUUUGGCACCGAAAGCUAUCACGUUCUCUUCAAGCGUUUGUGCAGUUACGCCGGUCUGCAUUGUGUGGUCGUCAAAGGGUACAGCAAAAGUGCGGGCUAUCAACCCGGAGUCAGUUUCGAGGACAAUCGCUUCCGGAAUUCGUGGAACGCGGUGUACGUAGCGAGUGCCUGGCGAUUCGUGCAAUGUAAUUGGGGAGCAAGGCAUCUGGUCAAUGCAAAAGAGGUGCCCAAGCCAGGAAAAGCCAAGUCAGACAGUCUAAGAUACGAGUACGACGACCACUAUUUCUUGACCGAUCCCAAAGAGUUCAUCUACGAGUUCUUCCCAUUGCAAGGCGAGUGGCAGCUCUUGAAGAACCCCAUUACCUUGGAAGAGUUUGAAGAGCUCCCGUUCGUGCGGUCUCUUUUCUUCCGAUAUAACUUGAGCUUCCCCAGUGACAAUAUGAAAUCAGUCAUGUUCACCGAUUCCACAGGAGCUGCCACCAUUCGCUUGGAAAUGCCUUCUCAUAUGGAGAACAGUCUCAUAUUUCACUACAAUCUCAAGUUUUAUGGUGAUGACAAGGACAACUACGAAGGGAUUAGCCUUAAGAGAUUUGUCAUGCAGUCCGUUGUGGAUAACCUCGUAGCUUUCCGUGUGCACGCCCCUUGCAGUGGCUCCUUGCUUUUAGACAUUUUCGCCAAUGCAGUCACGCCCCAGGAAUAUCUGACUGGCGAGCCCAUGAAAUUCAAGAGUGUUUGCAAAUUCAAGAUUAAGUGUGAGGACCUUCACACGGUGAUGGUGCCUUUGCCCGAUUGUGCCAGCGGAGAAUGGGGCCCCGCCAAGGCCACGCGAUUGUUUGGCCUCGAGCCCUUGACCCAUCAGGAUGCCCUGAUCUUUGCCGGCCAGCAAUUGGACAUCGCCUUCCAAAUGACCCGGCCUCUCACGGACUUCAUGGCCACGCUGCACAAGAACGGCAUGGAGGAGAAGAAACUCAGCAAGUACGUGAGCCACCGCAUUGUCAACGACGUGGUCACGCUUAGUGUGAGCUUUCCUGAGGAGGGCCAGUACGGGAUGGACAUUUAUACCCGUGAAGUGACCAACAACGGAAACGCCCCGGGCGAGGCCUCGUCCGAAUCAAACAACGGGGAGAGCGAGAAACAUUUGCUGACUCAUUGUUGCAAAUAUCUUAUCAACUCAUCGAGGAGAAAUCAAUAAUGAGUGAUCACAUUCGCAGCACAGUCAUCUUGAUCUUCUUGAUCAUCUUGGCGACGAACUGAGCCGAGUGAUCCGCUGCUUCUUUUUGGUACCUUAAUAAAAAAAAAAGAAGCCUCGCUGGUUCGUCCUGUGUACGCGUUGGUUGCUUGGUUGGUGGGUAAGUGCAAUUUGCGAUCAAACAUCCCGAUUGACGGAGAGGACCUUCGCCCAGCACAAGCCAAAAGGCCGUGGAGGCCGCCUAAGUUUAAUGAGCCAUCGCCUAUUUUGAUUUUGUGAAAUCACUUCCAUCAUUCCGACCUUGAAAUAUGUUGGUCAUUGUACGUAUUCGUUAAGCUCGUUAUUAACUACGUUUGUUAUUUUCCCCCGUUUAUUCUCGACCCUCAAAAAUCAGUAUUGAAUUGGACGCGCGGCAUUCUCGAGGGACUUAUCCAGUUUUCUAUCAUUCAGAAUUGCUAGGCGUGCGUGAACUAGAAGGCCCUAAUAUUAUCAAAACGCAGUGAUUCACAAGUUCAUUCAAUCCGAAUUAUAGCAAUACUCCUAUCAAAUUGACCGGGGUUAUUUGACCCCCAAUAUGGAGAUUAACACUGAAUACUUUCUCAACAUAGUAGAAACAAUCGUAUAUUUUCACUUUGAAUAAAAAUCGAACACCAGGA